CCCUGGCUGUCCCGUGUCACUCACCGGCCGGCUCGCCACCCACCAGACAAGCGAGCGGCGAAGCAGAUCAAGAGCGCUGCCGAGAAGUUGGAGUGAUGGCGUUCGCGUCCGGCGCCGGCGCCGGCGGCCCGCAGGUGCUGACGGCGCGGUUCGUCCGGCAGGUGGUGCUCGGGCGGUGGUUCAUGGUGUUCGCGUGCCUGCUCAUCCUGUCGGCGUCGGGGGCGACGUACAUCUUCAGCAUCUACUCCAAGGUGCUCAAGUCGUCGCUGGGGUACGACCAGCGCACGCUCAACACGCUCUCCUUCUUCAAGGACCUGGGCGCCAACGUGGGCGUCCUCUCGGGGCUCAUCAACGAGGUGACGCCGCCGUGGGUGGUGCUCGCCAUGGGUGCCGCCAUGAACCUCGCGGGGUACCUGAUGAUCUACCUCGCCAUCGACGGGCGCACGGCGCGGCCGCCCGUGUGGCUCAUGUGCAUCUACAUCUGCGUGGGGGCCAACUCGCAGUCCUUCGCCAACACGGGGGCGCUCGUCACCUGCGUCAAGAACUUCCCGGAGAGCCGCGGCAUGGUGCUGGGCCUGCUCAAGGGCUUCGUCGGCCUCAGCGGCGCCAUCUUCACGCAGCUCUACCUCGCCAUCUACGGCGACGACGCCAAGUCGCUGGUGCUGCUCAUCGCCUGGCUCCCCGCCGCCAUCUCCAUCCUCUUCGUCCACACCGUCCGCAUCAUGCCGUACCCCCGGCGCGGCAGCGGCGCGGGCUCGCCGGCGGCGGCGACCAGCAACGACGCCUUCUUCUGCUUCCUCUACAUCUCCAUCGCCCUCGCCACCUACCUCCUCGUCAUGAUCGUCGUGCAGAAGCAGGUCAACUUCUCGCACGCCGCCUACGCGGUGUCGGCCGCGGCGCUGCUCCUCGUCCUCUUCCUGCCGCUCGCCGUCGUCGUCAAGCAGGAGUACAAGAUCCAGAAGGAGCUCGAGGAGUCCAUCCGCGAGCCCCCCACGGUGACCGUCGAGAAUCCAGCUGCCUCGCUGCAGAUGGCAUCGGCAGCUGAGCCGCCGGCGGCCAAGAGCCAGCAGAAGCAGAGCACCACCACUGGGGAAAAUGGAACAGAGCCGCCGCCGCCGCCGUCCAGGUCCAGUUGCCUGGGAUCGUGCCUAAGGCACAUGUUCAGCCCGCCGGCGCAGGGGGAGGACUUCACCAUCCUGCAGGCCCUGGUGAGCGUGGACAUGCUGGUGCUGUUCCUGGCCACUAUCUGCGGCGUCGGCGGCACGCUGACGGCGAUCGACAACAUGGGCCAGAUCGGCCAGUCUCUGGGCUACCCGGCCAAGAGCAUCAACACAUUCGUCUCCCUCAUCAGCAUCUGGAACUACGCCGGCCGCGUCACCGCCGGCUUCGCCUCCGAGAUCUUCCUGGCGCGCUACAGGUUCCCGCGCCCGCUGAUGCUCACGCUGGUGCUCCUCCUCUCGUGCGCCGGCCACCUCCUCAUCGCCUUCGGCGUGCCGCACUCGCUGUACGCCGCCUCCGUGGUGAUCGGCUUCUGCUUCGGCGCGCAGUGGCCGCUGCUGUUCGCCAUCAUCUCCGAGGUGUUCGGGCUCAAGUACUACUCCACGCUCUACAACUUCGGGUCCGUGGCGAGCCCCAUCGGCGCCUACGUCCUCAACGUCCGCGUCGCCGGCGCCCUCUACGACGCCGAGGCCGCCAAGCAGCACGGCGGGUCGCUGGACGCCGGCGGCGACAAGACCUGCAUCGGCGUGCAGUGCUUCCGCAAGGCGUUCCUCAUCAUCACGGCCGCCACAGUGGCCGCCGUGCUCGUGUCGCUGGUGCUGGUGUGGCGGACCAGGAACUUUUACAAGGGCGACAUCUACGCCAAGUUCAGGGACAACGCCGCCGCCGACGAUGACGACGACGCGGAGGAGGAGGGUCCGAAGUGGCCGAAGAAGGAGGCGGAGGGGGAGUCGACAUCGGUCAACGGGAGGAAGGGGUAGCGGCGUCCAUGCCGGCCGGCGACUGCGUUGACUCGGUCCAAGCACGCGCACACAGUCUCACAGCGAGCUAUCGCUCGGUUUUGACUUGGUAUACGACGGGUUGUCUUGUCUCCCAAAUCCCAUUCCAUGCUGCUGUUCUCAAGCUCAAAGGGAGCUCAACCGAACGGCAAUGGAGGGAGGGCGCAGUCAGAGCGCGGCUAUCACUGCAUAUGGCAGGUGAUUAGGCGCGCGAUUAGUGUGUAAUUUUAGCAGACGACUAGUGAUGAUGACAGUAUAGAACAAAUGCUUUCUUUUUAGUGCUGUUUGGAUGCAUACGUGUUACAGCCACUCUUGAAGGAUCUUGUACCAAUUCGAGAGAAAAGUGCCCAGCUUUGCUUUCAGCCCAAAUAAGAUUCAAUUUAGGAACA